AUGAACAUCAACAGAUUGAUGCCACGGAAGAAGGGCUUCCGCAGGUCUGAGGCAGCAAAGAGACGCAUGGUUAAGAGGUGUGCUGUUGAGGAGGAUGAAUGUUGUUGCGACAAAAGGUCAGAAGUUGAGGUUAGACCACCUCCAAAACAAAAAAAGUCUCAAGAAGAGCAGUACUCUCAGACCAAGUAUAAAACAAAUAAACUUUUUAGGGCUAGUGUAUGUGAAUAUUCCAAGAAGAAAUAUCAGGAAAAUCCCACUUUUAAAGCAAGUGUAUGUGAAUAUUCUAAGAGGAAAUAUCAUGAAAAUCCUGUCUUUAAAGCAAGCAUAUGUGAAAACCUUAAAAAGAAAUACAAUGAUGAUGAAAACAUUCGUAUAAGUAAAAUACAAAAAGGCUCUGACAAUUUUGCAAAACAGAAGGACAAACAAAAAGACAUUGAUUUCACUAUUGAUCAGUUUUAUAAAGAAGUCAGUACAGGUCCAGAAUUUGUUUGCUGUGUAUGUCAUCGUUUAUUGUUCAGAAAGCAGGUUAUUGAAUGUAGGAGAGAUUGCUAUAAAAUGAAAGGUCAAGAAAUCUCUGAUUUGGCUGAAAGAUGCAUUACUUUAAAGUAUUUACAUGUAUGCAGCACUGAAUGUGAGAAUAGAUGUCAUUUAUCAGAUAAUCCAGCUUGUAAAUUGUGGAUUUGUUACACAUGUCAUCGUAAAAUCCUUGGAAAAAAAUUGCCUGAAGUGAGUAUUGCCAACAACAUGCAUUUGGUGGAUAUUCCAAAAGAGUUAAAAGGUCUGAACUCAUUAGAAGAACAUCUUGUUGCACGCAAUAUUCCUUUUAUGAAGUUGCUUUGUCUUCCCCGUGGAAAACAGAAAGGUUGUCAUGGACCUGUAGUGUGUGUUCCUAUUAAUACUACAGAUGUGUCAAAUAUUCUUCCACGUAAUGAAUGUGAUGACCACAUGAUAAGAAUAAAACUGAAACGGAAACUUACAUACAAGGGUCAUUAUGAGUACAAAAAUGUCAACACUGAUCGUGUCAGACAUGCAUUGUCUUAUUUAAUAAGACAUAACAAGUGGUAUACUAAUGUGGAGUUUAAUGAACAAUGGAUAAACUCUUUGAGUGCAAGUGAUGAGCCAAGAGACAAUGAUAUGGAUGAUUGUGAAAUGAAGGAUCAAGAUAUAAAAGAUAAAAAUGAACAUGAGAAAGGAUCUGGAGAUGACCCAGAGGAAGAUAUAACAUAUAUUAAAGAACAAAGUAGUCUUUUGUCUGACACAUCACUACAACCUGUUGAUCUGGGUUCAGAAAUAAUUGAUCAGCAUUUUCAUGAUGUACUCAAUAUAGCACCAGGUGAAGGUAACAGUCCUGUUAGACUGUUAGCGGACAAAACAAAUGAAGCAAAGUGUUUCCCUGUUCUCUAUCCUACUGGUGGUCCAACAUUUCAUGAAGAAAGGCAGAAAAAAAUCACAUUGUCACGAUACCUGAAUGCAAGAUUACUAAAUGCAGAUGGUCGUUUCGCACAGAGCUCAGACUUCAUUUUUUAUGCACAGUAUAUAUCAGAAGUUGAUCAAAUUGUGUCUAACGUUUCAAUUGCCUUGAGGAAAGGUUCAGAGAAAGACUGGUCAAAUGUAACAUCAGAUAUGCUCACAAACUCUUCUUCUUUGCAAAGAAUAUUACAUUAUGAUGAAGGAUAUAAGUUCUUAAGACCAGUAAGAGGAACUCCUCCCUAUUGGAUGUCAACGCAAAAAGAUCUUUUUGCUCUGAUUAGACAACUAGGCAUACCAACUUUCUUUGCAUCUUUCAGUGCUGCUGAUUUGAGAUGGCCUGAAAUGAUGAACACAAUUAUUAAGCAAGAGGGGAAACAAAUAAAUGUUGAUGAGCUCGACUGGUCUGAAAAAUGCGGACUUAUAAGACGAAAUCCUGUCUCUGCAGCAAGGAUGUUUGAUCACAGAUGGCAUUGUUUUCUAAGAAAUGUUAUCAUGUCACCAGCACAGCCCAUUGGCAAGAUAAAAGACUACUUUUAUCGUGUUGAAUUUCAACAACGGGGUUCUCCUCAUGUUCACUGUUUGUUUUGGGUGGAAAAUGCUCCGAAGCUCAAUGAUCAUGAUGCAGAUAAUGAUCCUCUGGUUGCUGAGUUCAUUGACACUUACAUCACUUGUGAGACACCUCAGGAAAAUGACACCAUACUUUACGAAACAGUGAACAGCGUUCAGAAGCACAGUACAAGACAUUCAAAAACAUGCCGGAAGAAAAAUACAAUCUGUAGAUUUAAUUUUCCAAGACCACCAUCUUCACGUACAUUUAUUACGAGACAAAGUCAUGCAAAUGAGUUGAAAGGAAAAAAUGGAGAUGACACAGCAAGUGGAAUUCUAAAGAAAAUUAAAAGUGCUUUAAAUGCAGAUAUGAAUUUUGAUACAGUUGAUGCCUUUUUUUCAUCUAUUGGGAUUAAUCAAACUAUAUUUGAAAAAGCAUACAAUAGAUGUUCCAAAAAGAAAAGUGUUGUCUUGAAAAGAAAUCCAAAAGAUGUUUGGGUAAACCAAUACAACAGAGAUUUACUACGUGCUUGGCAGGGGAAUAUGGAUAUUCAGUAUGUCACAGAUGCUUUUUCUGUAGUGGUCUAUAUACUUACUUAUAUUACAAAAGCAGAACAAGAAAUGGGACUGCUACUUCAACGUGCACAAAAUGAAGCAAUAAAUGGAAAUCUUGAAGCUAAAGCAUCAUUAAAGCAGUUGGGAAGUGUCUAUCUGCACAACAGAGAAAUUUCAGCUCAAGAGGCAGUGUACAGACUGACAGGCAUGCAUUUGAAGGAAUGUUCCCGUAAAGUACAAUUUAUUCCUAUUGGACAAAAUCCUGUAAAGAUGAGUUUACCUUUGCAUAUGCUCCAAAACAAAGUGGAAAAUGACAAGUCUGAUGAUGAAAGCAGUUUUUGGAUGACAAGUGUCAUUGAUAGGUACAAGAACAGACCAGAGAAAGAACCACUAGAUACUCUAUGUCUUGCCAGUUUUUGUUCUGAGUACAGAGUUCUGACAAAAUCAGAGGUUUUCUCAGGCAACAAAACAGCAGAAAAUGAAAUAAUUAAACUCAAUAACAACAAUGGCUAUGUUAAACUUCGAAAAAGGACUGAACCUGCAGUCGUACGUUAUCCAAAGUUUUCCCCAACGAAAGAUCCAGAAAAAUAUUAUCAUUCACUGCUGCAGCUUUUCUUACCACAUUAUGAUGACUCUGAUUUGAAACCUAGCAAGUAUAGCACAUAUGAAGACUUCUACAACUGUGGUGUAAUAAAAAGUGGUUGUGAACUGAAACAAGUCAAAUCAAUUGUUGAUGGCAACAGAGAAUUGUUUGAAAAGGAAAGUGAUAAAAUUGAAGAAGCUAAACAGCUUUUGGAGCAGGAUAUUGAUUUAGAAGAUGCCUGGGCACAGAUAUGUCCUGAAACAGAAAGACAACGUCAUGAAUGCAUAGAACACAUGAAAGAUAAACUACUGCAUGAUGAAGAUAACUUUCAAGAACUUAUUCCAGAUCUUACAGGAAACCCUCAAACUGCGUGUACCAUUGAAACAAACCACACUACAAUGCCUAGAGAUGAUGCGCUGCAUUUACUAAGAUCAUUAAAUGAGGAACAAUCUGCUGUGUUCUAUAAAGUGCAAAAGUGGUGUCUACAAAAAAUUCUUGGACAAAAUCCUGAACCAUUUAGAUUAUUUCUUACUGGUGGAGCAGGCACAGGAAAAAGUCAUUUAAUUAGGGCAAUACACUAUGAAUCUUCUAGACUGUUAUCACAGCUGUGUGAGAAUCCUGAUGACAUUACUGUACUUUUGACUGCAUCAACAGGAGUGGCUGCAUUUCAAAUAGGGGCAUCUACUGUCCAUAAUUCUUUUUCAAUUGGUGCAAAUGUGAAACUGCCAUAUCAGCCUCUUAGUGAUGACAAAAUAAAUUCUUUAAGAACAAAAUUGGGUACUUUGCAAAUAGUGAUUAUUGAUGAAGUGUCAAUGGUUGACCAUCGCCUUUUGUCAUACAUUCAUGGAAGACUGCUACAAAUAAAACAAACGGGUGACUACUCUCCUUUUGGAAAAGUGAAUAUUCUUUGUGUUGGUGAUUUCUAUCAACUUCCUCCUGUAAAAGGAACCGCUCUCUAUGCUGAUACAAAAGGUGUAAACCUAUGGGAAAAUAAUUUUGAACUUGCUGAAUUAACUAAAGUUGUUCGACAACAAGAUGCAAGCUUUGCUGAAAUGUUAAAUCGUCUAAGAGUACGAAAUAAAAAUGAAAGUCUUAGCACUACUGAUAUUGCGAUGUUGAAAACAUGUGAAACAGGGGAGAAGUGUAAUGCUCUUCACAUAUUUGCUACAAAUGCUGAAGUUGAUAAAUACAAUAUUGAAAAACUACACGAAUCUUGCCUUGAGGCAAUCACUAUACAUGCUCAAGAUUAUGCAAAAAACUCAAAAACUGGACAAAUGGAACGUAAAGUUGGAUAUCAUACGAAAGUUUUCAAUUCAUCUUUAUCUAAAAGUCUUUCCCUGGGUAUUGGAGCAAGGGUUAUGUUAAAAAAAAAUCUUGAUGUUGCUGAUGGUCUUGUUAAUGGAGCUUUUGGUACAGUUGUCCACAUAAGUAAAAGUCAACAAAAUGAUGAUUUUCCAUUAGCUAUUCAUGUGGAGUUUGAUAAUCCUAAUGUUGGUAAACUUCAGAGAUCUAAAACACGCCAGAGAUUUUCUCAAAAUUCAACUGUAAUUGAAGUACAAGAAGACCAAGUCACAAAUGAUGGUGGUGUAAGACGUCAGUUUCCUCUCAGAUUAGCAUGGGCAUGUACGGUACACAAAGUCCAAGGACUCACAACAGAAAAAGCUGUUGUGUCACUUAAGAAAAUCUUCACAGCAGGACAAGCAUAUGUUGCAUUGAGCCGUGUAAGAUCUCUAAGUGGAUUAAUAAUUGAGGACUUUAAGGAAUCGACCAUAUUUUGUAAUGACAAAAUUCAGGUGGCUAUGAAAAAUAUGCCAAAACUCCCUUUGGAAAAUUACAGUUUCACUAAUUCAAAACAUGGCUAA